CAAUCUCAUGGUCACGUGACUAACCCAAAAUUUACAUCGUACUUUGUGUAAGGUACAAUCUCUUACGUGUUAAGACGGUCAUCAUGGGAUUUAAGCUCGGAAUUUUUAUCAUCGGAACCAUUCUGGUUGCUGCAGAUGCAUCAAACUGGGGUUAUGUGCAUGAAAAAGGACCGAACCAUUGGGCCGACCUUUUUCCUGAUGCAUGUUCUGGUCAACACCAGUCUCCGAUUGAUAUAAAGUCCAAACAGACAGUAUAUGACCCGACAUUGAAGGAUAUUGUGGUCUUCUAUGAUCCUCCAUUGCCAGGGUCCAAGUUUUAUGUACAUAAUAAUGGACAUUCAAUCCAAGUUAACACAGAGGGAAAAUUCUAUGUGAGCAAUGGUGGGCUUCCUAACAUAUACUCCACUGCCCAGUUCCACUUCCACUGGGGACACAAGAAUCACCAUGGAUCUGAGCAUACCAUUGAUGGAGAAGCUUCGCCCAUUGAGAUGCAUAUUGUAAACUGGAAUUCAGAUAAAUACAGCUCUAUUGCUGAGGCUGCUGUGGAACCAGCGGGUCUUGCUGUGCUGGGAAUUCUUUUCGAAGUUACAAAUGUAGACAAUCCUGCCUUCACACCUCUAGUUAAUGUUCUUAAACAUGUCAGAGAUCCAGAUAAGAAGAUCAAAACAGAAAUCCCUGCCGUAUCAAUGAGAACAUUCCUCCCCAAAGCCACCAACAUGUAUUACCGUUACAAUGGCUCUUUGACAACACCUGGCUGCUUUGAAAGUGUAAUUUGGACAGUAUAUUACAUGAAACAGACAAUCUCCAGACGUCAGCUACAUGUUUUCCGUCAAGUUCUCAAACCUACUCAUCAUCGUAAGAAGAGAUCAGCUCAUCAUCAUGAAACUAAGGGCGAGAGACAUUUCUUCCAAGAAUUAGGUAUUGAAAACAACAACUUUGCAAAGGCAAGGUUAAGAAGACAGCUGGAAGAAAAGGUUGAAGCUAGUGUUCAUGACAGUCAGAACUCAGGAGUUGCUGUAGAGGAACCAGCCCCUGAUAUGCCGGCAGAAAACACCACACAUGAACAUACUGAUAACCAUAAACACCACCAUGACCAUAACCAAAAUGGAGGCUCUGGGCAUACCAGCAAACCGGAACCAGUAAAUACAGGCGGGAAAACUAAUAACCAUGAAGCUACAAUGAGCAACAUGGAAAAAGUACGGAAAAUGCUGGUAAAUAAUUAUCGUCCUGUACAACCUCUGAAUGGAAGAAUUGUAUACAGGAGUUUCCCAUUCUUUGGAGAGAAAAUACCUUCAGAUAUUGAAGUUGUUUACCUAGAUACAGAUGGUUCGCAAAAUCAAAAGGGCUACAGAGAUAAUGAAAAUUCAGCUCCUGCAAUCAGAGUGAUUUCCCUUGUAACCAUGGUUUGCUCAAUAAUAAUUUCAAAAUUAUUAUAGAAAAUAAUGAAAUUGAAAUAGAAAGACAUGAGAUAACUGUGAUUUGAGGCCUAGGAAAUACCAAAAAUACAGAAACAUCACAACUUACAAGAAAAGAAAUGAACAUAACAUGGUUAAUUAAAUGAAAAUCACAGAAACAAUUAACAAAUCAAGAUUUCAGUCAAUUUAGAGCUUUACUAGUGAACAGAUCUUAAUCAAAUAUCCAAAUGAAAUAUUGAACUUAGAGUCUCCUUUUAACAAAUUGUCAGUGCUUUUAAUACUCUUUUAAAUACUCCGAAAUAAUAUAUAAACUGAAUUAAUUUCAAUACAUAAUUGAAACAAAAUAAAUCUCUGGAAACAGUACAAGCAGUUCCACCAAUUGAACAAUCUGCUCAACAUUACAAAUGUGGGAAAAAGAUGUUUUAUGUGAUUUGCUGAGGUGUCUUUGAUGUGUUUUUUUACAUAAUGUGUUUUUGCAGCAUCUGAUAGGCUUAACAUAAAAAACAAGCAUUUUCAUGAAGUGAAUUUUUCCCACAAAACUACCUUUAUAACGUUUUGACUUGUUUUGAGUGAAAGUUACCAUUUAUCAAUUAUGCACCAGAAACAAGAAUAUUUGGAAAAAUUAAGUUAAAUACUUUUUUCCAGUUCAUGAUAUUUGAGAAUAUUUAUCAACAUUGGAGUCAUUUUGGUACACUAUACCAAACGUGCUACAAUGAUAAUUUUGUAUACAAUACAUUAAUAUUGAUAUCCUUUAAAUAUUAUGAAAUGUUACACAAAAAGAAAUAUUACAAGAAAAAUGGUUGUACAUACCUUUAGCAAAAUAAGCUAUUUUUAUAUCUAAGCACUGCAGAAUAACCAUGUAUAGAAUAGUAAGCUAUAUAUAUUAUUGAAAUGUUUCACUAUAACUGUUUAAAACAAGAGGAAAAGAAAAAUAUCUCAAAAUAUUACACAUGUAUAUUUGUCAUUUAUGUAAUUUUGUGUUGUGAAUAUUUUUGCAUUUUGUGUGAUAAUCUAGAUAAAAAUUAUUAUGUUAUUUGCACUUAUAUGUUUGUGCAUAUAUAUUUUGUUAAUAAAUAUGCCGGAAAA